UAACAGUUUCCAACGGUGUUGAGUGAUCAGUACAUGAAAGAGCCUACUACCUCACAUGAUUUAUCGUUAGUGAAAAAAUAGUGGAUGGAGAAUAUAAUUUUAUUCUUUCAGUUAAAUUAAUAAUUAUGGCUUCAUCAUUAUCUAUAAUCGCAACUCAUGACGAACUUGUGCGAUGCACAAAUGUUCUCAUCAAUGGUUCUUCUGAUGAAGAUUUUUUGAGAUUUGCAAUAAAUCAAGAGGAAAUGAGGCAAAAAUGGUUAGCUGCCGUUCAAGAAUGUCAACGGUUACAUUCUGCUUUAGAAAAAUCACAUCAUGAAUUGGCUGAUCUUGACAGGAAAUUAAGUCACGCACGUCGAUUACUCGACGAAGAGAAAAGGAGACGUAGAGUCGCUGAAGAACAAAGAAAUAUACUUGAAAGACAGAUUAUUUCAGUUCGUGAUUUUCUGUUUAAUGGUGGUGCCGGAAAUUUAAAUGAUGAAACAAGAGAAAAAUUACAAUUUUUAAAUAAUACAACAUUAAACGGACGACAUAGUAACCAAAAUUCUAAAGAUACUCAUCAUAAUGAUAAGCUCAAUACAAUAGCAGAGCUGGACUCUACUGGAUCUCUUUUAAGUGACUUGAGUUGUUUUUCCAAAUCAGAAGAUGACUUAGAUGCAAGCGCUCUGCUAAGUCAUAGGAAAAGAGAAUGGAAAGAACACAGACCCAGUGGCGAAUAUUCAACCAAAAAACGAAGAAGUACAAUUCAGAAAGUUGUUGAUUUGAAUAAUUCAGAUAGAAUUGUAGCUACAACAACUGUAAUUAUGCCCAAAGAAGGUACUAUAACUGCAUCAUCAGUGAUAGAAGCUGUACCUGGAGAUGAAAAUCAAGAUCCAAAAUCUCCCAAUCGUAGUAGUCAAAAGAAAAGAAAAAGUGUUGAAAAAAAACGAUCAUUGAAAGAAAUCCAUCUAGAAAAGAACAUUGAUACUAAACCAUCAGCACCUUUUCCUGAUAAUUUAACAUCUGGAUCAGAUUCUGAAGGCAUAUUUAAACCCAGUCCUAAUAUUGGAGGAUAUACAUUUAAUACAAAAUCUAUGAGGGGUCAUAGUUUUAUCGGCAAGUCUGUUAUUAAGCCUGAAACCUGCUCACCUUGUGGAAAAAAGAUAAGAUUUGGUAAACUAGCAUUGAAAUGUCGUGAUUGUAAAGCUGUUUCUCAUACAGAAUGCAAAGACCUUGUCCCUUUACCCUGUAUUCCAGCUGGAAAUACACCUAUUCUUCGAGGAGCAUCAGGUACUAUUGCUGAUUACACUCCCAUGAUUCCUCCGAUGGUUCCAUCCCUUGUAGUUCAUUGUAUAAAUGAAGUAGAAUUACGUGGAAUGAAUGAACAAGGAUUGUAUAGAGUUAAUGGUGGAACAUCAGACGUGAAGUGUUUAAAAGAAAAAUUUUUGAGAGGAAAAGGUGUCCCUAAUCUAUCAGAAAUUGAGAUUGCAACUAUUUGUUCUACUCUUAAAGAUUUCUUAAGGUCUUUAAGAGAGCCAUUGAUAACGGUAGGUCUUUGGGCGGAUUUCGUUCGUGCAACUACCAUCGUUGAUAAACAAGAUGCAGAUGCUGCUCUUUAUCAAGCAAUUUCGGAACUUCCACAACCCAACCGAGAUACAUUGGCCUUUGUAAUAUUACAUUUACAACGUGUAUCAAGCACACCAGAGUGUAAAAUGCCUAUUAGUAAUCUUGCCAAAGUAUUUGGACCAACGUUAGUAGGUUAUAGUUCUCAAGAACCAUCUGCUACUUCAAUGUUAUCAGAGACUAAGACUCAAGCAGCAAUUGUCGAAGCUCUUUUGAAAAUUCCAUCAGAUUAUUGGGCUAAUUUUGUUAAUCCUGAGGGUUUAAAUGAUUUUGGAACUCCUAGAACUACACAAUUAAAAAAUACACCAUCGACGGAAUCACUUUUAAAACGUACGACUUCUCGCGGUUUUUUUAACACACCACUAGGUUCUAGUCGGUCAUUUUUACGAAAAAAUAAAAAAUACUUUGCAACACCACCCACAAAUAACGGGAUAUAAUUGGCACAUAACUAAUUGAUUAUAUUUAUCUUUUAUAAAAAAAAAAAAUUAAUAUUUGAAUAUAUUAAAAGCAUUAACAAUAAUUAAAUACAAUAUUCUGUCGUAUUCUACUAUUCGACUAUCUAGAGUUAAAUAUCAUUUUAAUUGAUAUGCAUUGUUUUUCAUUUAAAAAAGCAGCAAGGUUCUUAUUUAUCCAAUUA